UAUUAGAUAUUCUCUUGUGAAUUUUGUACUUAUUCAAUUUGCUUUGCAGUGACCUCAGCUUAAUAUGAAAAAAAAAUUCCGGUAAUAGUAAAAUUAAUUAGGUUUAUGUCAAUUAAUUGCUUUCUCCAUCUUAACCCUACCUUUAAGAUAAUGACACCUAAAUUGUUAAAAAGAAAAAAAAAACAAAAAUCAUAUGCAUUAUAAAUUUUAUUAGGAGGCUAACUGGGCAUUGACAGGCAAAGAAUCUUGAAUGACUUGAUUUGAUAGGGCAGACUUCAACCAAACUUAUCCUUAAUUUGGAGUCGUCUGGGGUUCACUUUUAAUUCUAUAAACUGAUUUAAACAAUGUUAAAAAUCUUAUAACUUCCAAUGUUUUAAUUUUAACACGAAACCUUUGUAAUUCUUUUUGUCUAUAAAAGAUCUUCACAAGUUAGAUUAUCAUUUUCAACGAAAAAAGGCACGAAAACCCCAUUUGUUUUCAUGUCAAUGGAACUCCUUUUGUCAAACCCUGCAAACUCUGCCUCUCUAACAACUCUAGGCUUCCUGGAGAGAGCUGCCACCGCCUAUGGCGACUCUCCUUCCGUCGUCUACAAUAACGUUUCAUAUACGUGGUCGCAAACCCACCGUCGAUGUCUCCAGAUGGCAUCGUCGUUGACCUCCCUUGGCAUCGAACGAGGCCGAGUGGUUUCGGUUGUCGCCCCCAAUGUUCCUUCUAUGUACGAGCUCCAGUUUGCUGUCCCCAUGUCCGGGGCUGUCCUUAACAACAUCAACACUCGCCUUGAUGCUAAGACUUUGUCUGUACUCUUACAACACAGUGAAUCCAAGCUUGUUUUUGUCGAUCACCAAUCUAGUUCGCUUGUUCAUGAGGCGAUCGCUUUGUUUCCGAGAAACACCAAACCCCCAGUCCUUGUCCUCAUUGAUGACGAGAAGGAGUCGGGAAGCAAAAACCCAUCAUCAACCGUUGAUUUUCUCGAUCAUUACGAGGGUAUAUUGGAAGAUGGCGAUCCAAAGUUCAAGUGGGUCAGGCCUAAGAGUGAGUGGGAUCCAAUGGUGUUAAACUACACAUCAGGCACAACAACUAGUCCCAAAGGUGUGAGCCUAAGCCAUAGGGCUGCUUUCAUAAUCACAGUGAAUUCUUUGGUUGAUUGGUCAGUUCCGAAUCAGCCUGUUUACUUGUGGACUCUACCCAUUUUCCAUGCUAAUGGGUGGAGUUACCCUUGGGGCAUGGCUGCCGUAGGAGGGACCAACAUUUGCCUCCGCAAGCUUGACCCUACAAUGAUUUACCGUUUGAUUAAACAACAUAAGGUGACCCACAUGUGUGGUGCGCCUGUGGUGCUCAACAUGCUAUCAAAUUCUCCAGACCUCGAACCACUAGACCACCCUGUCCAAAUUCUAACCGCUGGUGCACCCCCACCUGCACCAGUGCUAGCCAGGACCGAGUCAAUGGGCUUUGUGGUGGGUCAUGGUUACGGAUUAACUGAAACAGGAGGAAUCGUUGUGUCAUGUGCAUGGAAACAGAAAUGGAACAAGUUGCCGUUAACAGAAAGAGCCCGGCUAAAGUCAAGGCAAGGAGUUAAUUCUGUUGCUUUAACGGAAGCAGACGUUUUGGAUCUCGAGACAGGAGAAAGUGUCAAACGUGAUGGGAAAACACUUGGCGAGGUUGUUCUACGAGGUGGGUGUCUCAUGUUGGGGUAUCUCAAAGACCCUGAAGGAACAUCCAAAUGUAUGAGAGAAAAUGGCUGGUUGUACACUGGGGAUGUUGGGGUAAUUCACCCUGAUGGUUAUUUGGAAAUCAAGGAUCGUUCAAAGGAUAUAAUUAUAAGUGGUGGAGAAAACAUAAGCAGUCCUGAAGUUGAGUCAGUAUUGUAUUCACAUCCAGCGGUUAAUGAGGCGGCUGUGGUGGCUCGGCCUGAUAAGUUUUGGGGUGAGACGCCGUGUGCGUUUGUGAGUUUGAAGAAGAAUAUUGAUGAGUUGAGUCAGAAACCAAGUGAGGAAGAGAUUAUAGAGUAUUGUAGGGAUAGGUUGCCGCAUUAUAUGGUGCCGAAAACGGUGGUGUUUGAGGAAGAGCUUCCCAAGACUUCAACAGGGAAAGUACAGAAGUUUAUUCUCAGGGGAAUUGCAAAGGCUGCGAGUUGAGUUGACUCGGGCUGCACUCGGUUUGGCAACUUGGUAAAUUUUUUGUUUCUGCGUUUCAUGCAUGCACAUAUGUUAUUGUGCAUUGUGUUUCUAAUUCAGUUUAAAAAUUAAUGGUUCAUUGGUUAUAUUAUAUCCUCCAAAAGAAAUUUUUUUUUGUUUUUUUCUCAAACUUUUUUGGGAUAAAAAAGUUUGGUUCUUGUAAUAAAAUGCUUGCAGCCGAACAUAUGAUUCAAUAAUUAGUAUGUAUAUAUUUUUUGUUUAAAGAAUUGAAAUUGAGUUCUCAGCUCUUUACCCUAAUGACGAAAGAGCUUUUAAGAAGAUAUAGAGAUUCGGGUUCAAGAUUUUUUUCUCUUUUUCUCAUGGCUUA